CACAGUAAUGAGAGGAUGGCCAUUUCCACCAAAACACAGCGUCUCCAGAGCAAACUAGCUCAAAUCUACUCUGGAGGCAUGCCGCCACCCUCCACCGCAGCCCGGCUUUAUCAGUUGUCUGACAGUCCACAACUGCUCACAGUAGUUAGAAGAGCGCAACGGUCAACAAACGGACACCCUUCACAGCGAUCAGCGAUUUCACCGUACCAGUGGUCUGAGAAGGCUCCUGGAGACAUGGAUAGAACCAGAUGGAUGCUGGUGGUGCUCGUGAUACUCGUGGACGUUUCCCAGCAGACCUCAGUCGUGGACAUGUAUAAGGGGGACAGUGUGCUGCUGCCCUGCGAGUUUCCCACUUUUGAAAUGACCAACCCCACAGUGGUGUGGAGCCGCUCCGAUCUGAGUCCCUCCAUCAUCCACCAGCGUCAGCAGGAUGGCGAUGAACUCAAAGACCAGAACCAGCUUUACAGAGGCCGAACACUGAUGUUGACAGAAGCUUUGGAGAGUGGAGACCUGAGUCUGAACCUGACGGCACUGACGCUGUCUGACAGAGGAACCUACACCUGCUCCGUCACAUCCGCUAGAGGAAAAAAAAAAGUGAAGGACGUACAGCUGCAGGUCAAAGAAACAUUUCCAUCAUGGGCCACCAUCCUCCUGCUCGUCCUGGCUACUGUUCUUCUUCUGUCUGGGGGUCUUUUUUUCCACUUCCGUCAUUAUUUCCAGUCAGUCGUGCACGUGCAGGUGGAGCCAGAGGAGACGUCGGUACUGCUGCCCUGCAAAACGUUAGUUCGCCUGCCUGAAGAAGUCAAAGUGAAGUGGAAACGUAAUAACAAUAUUGUCCACCAGUUGCAGUGUGACGGACUUGAAGAACAGUACUGCUUGUAUAGUGGCCGGACAAAUCUGAACAGGAACCAUCCAAGAGACUGGAGUCUGACACUGAAAUUCCCAGCAGACGAAGAUUCUGGAACUUACAUCUGCACCGCUUAUAUCGAAGAGAGCAACAUACUGUUCAAGAAACAAGUUGAGCUCAAGGUCAAAGUCCACCAGGUGGAGGUGGAAGAAGGGCAGAAAUCAGUCCAGCUGCCCUUCACCACAGCCAUCACUGUGGACCAGGAGUCAAUCUAUGAGGUGGAGUGGACAAGGUAUGAACCUGAAACCAUGAAGGUCCACACAACCGCUAACCAGCCUGAAGUCCAGCAUGAGCAAUUCAAAAACCGAACAGAGAUGCAGAAAGACGCUCUAACAACGGGGAACUUUAGUCUGACCCUGAAUCAACCCACAGUUAAAGACGGAGGAAGAUACGUCUGUGGCGUCUGGAAAAAGAAGGGACAGCAGCGAUUCCUACUGAGAAACAAAACUGUGUACCUCACGGUCAACCCACAGACAGAAGAAGUCCCAUGACCCAUCUGUCAAUCAAGUGGAGGAGGCGGGGCUGUGACACAUCAUAAAGGAAAUGUUUACUUCUCACCAAUUAUCUGAUUUUGUUGUAGUAGUAGUAUCAUCAUCAUCAUCAUCAUCACAGUGCUUAUUAUCACAAUUCUUCCAGCAUUCACUGUAUUGUUUUUCAUUCAUGGCGGCAACUUUUCUUUAUAGUUAUAGUUCUUCAGUACGUUUUUCUGUCUCUAAUUAGUCCCGCAUACUUUCAGCUACAGAAAUCAUUCAACUAUCAAAAUUUUCAUUUUUGUAAGAUGAGAUGUGGGCUAUUAUUUUUCUUAUUCAUAUCUUUUAUAUUUUUUUUAAAUAUUAAGCUUUUUUCAACUUUUGUGUCCGAUUGAAAUGAAUGGAAAAAGUGUUUCAAA